AUGUACCGUCUCGCCCGCCCCACCCUGAACGCCUUUAAGGCCCCCAUCGGCCAGCGUAACCUCUCGAAGGCUACCUUUGUCGGCCGUCUCGGUGCCACCCCCGAGGUCCGCGAGACCGCCAACGGCACCCCUUACGUGACCAAGCCGGUCAAGAAGGACGCCGAGGGAAAACUGACCCCAGACCCUGUCCGUGACGCGAGCUGGUUCACCAUCUUCAACUUCAAGCCGUCCGCCACGCAGUUCCUCCCCAGCAUCCCCGUCGGCACGCAGCUCCUUGUUGAGGGUGAGUUUAUUCCUGCGGUCCUUGCUAACUCUCAGCCACGCUCGACUCGCGUCCUCCCACCGCUGACGGCCGUGGCGGCGAUGUUCUCAUCCGGUAAGCUGAAUUGGGAUCCGCCCAAGCUAACAUACAGCGAGAUCUCGCACCAGGUCAUCUCGAAGAAGAAGCAGGACCAGCAGUAA